GCUGCUGUUCGCAGCGGAGAUAUGCAUCUCUGUUACAGUUCUUUAAUCACAAGCUGACCAGCUGGAGGGGACAUGUCGGCUCAGGGCUUGUUGAGCAGUGUGUUCUCAUGCUCGCUGAGCCCCAAAACUCUCUCCAAACGGAGACUAAGACACACCAAGAGUUUGGACCCGGCGUUGAUGAGCCAUGACGGCUUCUACGGCGAGGAGACGUCGGUUCAGGGUGACUUUACCUGGAACAGCGUGUCAGGACGUAACGUUGGCCUGAAGCCCGUCCCUUUGCACAGCCUCUCAGAGUUGGAGAGGGUUCAUCUCCAAGACGUGGCCUUCAGACGGAUGCUUCGGAAUCGCGACCCGGGCUACCACAUCACCAUGCCUAAAUAUGGCCACAAGCACAAGAAGUUACUCAGGCGGAAGUUGGAUUCAUUAUCUAAAGAGAAGAGUAAAGACAAAGACACGAUGCCCCAGGCGUUUGGCAUACCGCUGUCGCAGGUCAUAUCCAACGACCGCACACACAAGCAGCGGCACGACCCCCCGCGGGAGGAGAACAGUGACUUCAUGCUGUCCUUCUUCCACUUCAACUCCGGCUUCAAAAGGGGCAACAAGGAGCUCUCCAGCAGCAACUCGUCCCUUAGCUCCACUUCGGAGACCCCAAAUGAUUCCCCUGUGUUCAGCGCACCGGACGCAGCCCCGCGGACACGCAGGAGGGGCGGAGUGUCGGUGGAUUGCAUCACCGAUCUUGACGACAACCAGUCUCGGCUCUUGGAGGCCCUUCAGCUCUCUCUGCCAGUGGAGGCAGCUGGCAACAGCAAGAAGCACCAUGACAACAAACUCAGCCUUAACCCUAUUUACAGGCAGAUGCCCAGGGUCGUGGAUCUCUGCUGCCAGCACCUGGAAAAAUACGGCCUGAACACGGUUGGAAUUUUCCGUGUCGGAAGUUCCAAGAAGAGAGUACGACAGCUUCGCGAGGAUUUUGACCAGGGAUGGGCGGUGCACUUGGACGAGGAGCACAAUGUGCAUGAUGUCGCUGCAUUGCUGAAAGAGUUCCUCAGAGACAUGCCGGACCCACUGCUCACAAGAGAACUCUACACGGCCUUCAUCAACACAAAGUUGCUGGAUAGUUCAGACCAAGAGAGCGCCAUCCAGCUCCUGAUAUUUCUGCUUCCUCCCUGUAACAGCGACACGCUGCAGCGCCUCCUGUGCUUGUUGUCCACAGUGGCUGCAAAUGCUGAAGACCGCCUGGACACUGACGGACAAGAGAUCACAGGAAACAAGAUGACAUCACUCAAUCUAGCGACCAUCUUUGGACCCAACCUCUUGCACAAGAAAAAAAACUCAGACAAAGAGUUUGCUGUCCAGAGUUUCGCCCGCGCAGAGGAAAGCAACGCCAUCAUCAGCGUGGUCCAAAAGAUGAUCAAUAUAUAUGAUAUGCUUUUUAUGGUUCCUGCUGACCUUCAGAACGAGGUGCUGAUGAGUGUGCAAGAAUCUGAUCCUGAUGUUGUGGAUUACUUACUGCGGAGAAAAGCCUCUCAGUACUCUGAGCCCGGCCUUCUUAGAGCAGAGGAUUCCUUCUCUCUGACUGAGAGGUACGUAUCCAGUGACUCCAUCAAAGCCUCUAGCGGAGAGGUGUCUCCCUAUGAUAACAACUCUCCUGUCCUGUCGGAUCGACUGCUGUGUAAAUACCCCGAGGAGAGCGGUCCCCUCUCAGACGGGAGCCCCAGACUUUCUGGGCAGUACCAAAUCAGCGGCCAUUCUAAAGACGGAUCUGGCUGCACCUCUCCGACACUUUCUACGGAUAAAGACUUCCUCGGAGACGUGUCGGAAUGUGAGUCGUAUGGAUCUUCAGAAUGGCUGAGCAGUCACCAAGGUAACAAUAAGCUGCCCGUCAGACAAACCUCAUUGGACGUGUUGGAAAUCAGGCCACACCCCCCAGUGACUCGCAGCUGCAGUGGUUCUCAUGACCAGAAAGGACAAAGACAACCUCAACCGUCAUUACAUCAGUGGAGUAGCAGCCAAUCAGCAGCCCUCCGCUCUGACACCUUAGCAGAAAGGACAGGACAACAAUCAUGUCCGUCACUUAAGGUCAGGACUUACGGUUUGGCUCCCCCUCACUCCUCCGGAAGGCUGAGGGAGACCCAUAAGUCUUACUCCACGCCCUCCGUCUUUAUAUAUGAGUCUGACACCCAAACCCCACAGCAGUGCAAGCAAAGCCCCGCCGCCCAGAGUGCAGAUGCCUCUGGGCCCGGACCAGAAAAGAGCCCUGGUACACCAGACUGGCAGACGCAGAGGUGGCAUAUAUGGCAUAUGCUGUCAAAAGAAAAUGCAGACGCCCUGCCGGAGACAUUGGUGUGAUGCAAACUUCGACUAUGUUAUAUGGAAGAUAAUUUCUAAUAUAAGGGGCCAUUCUCCUGUCACAUCAUCAGUUGCUGAAAUGCUACUGUGUGUCCGAACAUGCAGUAUCAGUCAAUGUUUCUCAUUGAUAAACUGAUGGGACUUUAACAUUGUGAUGAUAGUGCUGUUAUUUUGCAGGGGCGUUUAACUUUUUAUAUAUUCAUAUUGUUGUGUGUGUUAACAUGAUGGAAAUUAUAUGUUAUGUGAAUAUGUUAAUGAGCUAUUGUCACUAACAGAGAUUAUUUGAAAUACAACCAUCAAACACUUUGUAUCCAUCUGAAUGUCAGAAAUAGACUUGAAUGGUAUUCAUUUGAAUUUGACACAAUGGAUGUUUUUAAGCUGAAUGUAACAAUAUAAAUUAUGUUUAUGUUUUCAAAUUGAGAUGUUUAUUAUUAUGUUCUACAAUUAUAACUUACUUGUGGAAAAACUGCAGAAUGAGAAUUUAAGAAUGUGUAUAUCUAAUGUAUAUAAGUGAAGGAAAAUGGCUGCAUGAAAUGAAUUUCAAUAAUUUCUGUGGGAUGGUAUAUAAAUGUAACAUUAAUGGAAUAAGUGAUUGUAAAGGUUUGGGUCAGUACAUGCAUUCAUGUUUAAGUUAUACUUUGUUUAAUAUACUUUGGAAUACAGUAAUACCCUCUCUUC